AUGGCUGUUGACCGGUAUUUUGCCAUUUGUAUGCCAUUGCGCUACAAUGUCGUCAUGAGCUACAAUAACUGUCGAAUAGCUAGCCUUGUGAUUAUAAUCCCAUUCAUGGCUUACAGGGUAAAACAUACCAUUAGCCCUGAUUUACGUAUUUUUAUCAGCUUGUUGUAUCUCCUUCUUCCUGGUCUUUGUAACCCAUGGAUUUAUGGCCUCAGAACUAAGGAGAUAAAGGUGCACAUGGUCAAAUUUCUCAAGUGUGGAAGAGUUGAUCCUUUGUGA